CUUGCUUGUCUUCCCAGAGGCCCAAACUACCCUCUCCAUGUAGGAACAUUUAUUUUAUAACAUGAAGUAAUCAAGAUAUUGCCGUUUACUUAGUGAAUUUGUAGUUUUGUAGAAUAUAAUAUGUCUUCACAAUUCACAUUUCACUCUUCAAAAUACUUCAAAUGAAAGCACAUUUUUGCCCGUUUUGACUUAUGGAAUUUUCGUGAACUUUUGUGUGGCUUCCUUGGGAUUAAUGGCGUCAAAAAAAAAAUCGAUAUAUCUAUAUAAAGAAAUACUUUAUGCUCUUCGACAGACUGCUGGACAAGUGAAUAUUUCGAUGUAUAGAAACAAGUACGGAUAUAGUUAUGUGAAGUCCUUGUGUGUUAAUAAAGAUCUUCAUAAAAAUGAGGAUUCUGGGGAAUCUCUUCAGUAUCUGGGUGAAACAUACUUAUGCUUGUUGAGAAGUAUCGAAGGAGCAAAGUUACUUCAUGAGAAAUACAAAGGUGGAGAAAAUUCUGUGGAAAAAACUGCAAGCAAAGUUGGUUUAAAACUACCUCCUGAAUUGAAUUAAGAAGAAUUGUCUUAAUGCUAAAGUCUGUUUUAUGCGAAAAAUUGCAGCGAGUACAAAUUUCAUCUUUAGUUACACGUUGCAAGGACAAAUUUUGGCCUCGGAUAUUCCAAUUAGAUCAAAUCACUUUAAUUUACCGCAACACAUGCGGGCACGGCGCCAAGGCUUGAGCCCCACCACUUUUUCCCCGUUAAACGUUUUACUAACAUUUAUAUAUUUUAUCCUAACUUGUGGCAAAGUAAGACGCAGUAAAUUUAGUAAAUAUAAGUCGUGGCUCCUAAGUUCAAUUUUGUGGCGCCAUCCCUGAUAUCGCAGGGACAAAAAAUUUAAGUUGUAACGUGUGGCCGGCUCGUGUAACAUUUUGCGUAACAAAUAUUUGAAAUAGUCAACUACAAAUCACUUUAGUUCUAUGUAGUUCAAGACAGUUACAUUAAUACUCCAUUUUUAUACAAGUUUUCAGCAAACUUGACAUGUCAUACCAUAUAAUGUACUUAAAUAUAUUAAAGUUAAACAUCACCCCAUUA